CUUAUGAACAUUCGCAGACAAGCAGCAGCACUCCAAGAGAACAGCUUGAGCGAAGAAAUCCCUUUUCAAAUCUUCAACAAACUCGACCAAGCUCUGUUUGCUGGAUUCUUGAAGAACUCUGUCUUUCUCGAUGUCAGCAGAUUAGACUCUGAUAUUUCUGGUGUUACUUAUACGCACCGAUGGGGACCCAAUCCGGAAGUCAAGCGCAUUUCCAUCAUUUUCAACCAAGAUGCAAUCAGACAUGGUCGGGCGCGGGACAUUGUGGCUACGUUGAUCCACCACAUGAUCCACGCAUACUUUCUUGUGGCUUGUGGCGAGCAAAAGGAGAACGAGAUGGACUAUGGGCGUCUGAACCACGGCUUACAGUUCGGCAAGAUCAUGCUCGCCAUCAGGAGGCUUUCAGCUGCUCAUGGUAGAGAACUUACAACCUUGGACUAUGGGCAUCGCUUGUCCAGCAGACAUCACUAUGCCGACGACUACUACCGCCCGUGGACAAGAGACGAAGUCGAGCACGAAGAUGGGAACAAGUGGUAUUUUAGCCAUUGUCACAGUGAUGUCCGCGGACCGUCUGAUAGCGAGGUGGACAAGUGGUAUAAGAAUGUUUGCCAACCAAUGCUUGACCUACCACCAAGUAUUCGGGGUCUCGAGGUAGAGGUGUACAAUGUCCGACGACACGAGUUGGUGAAGAGACGUCGGGCGCACCUCGGUUCUUCUUCAAAGUCUAUCGAGUUUAUUUUCAGGGAUCGACCAGUCCUUGUUGGCAGGGAAAAGAUUGAGCGGUUUCCGAGUGUCAUGAGAGCUUUUGAUAAGGCUGGCAGUCGUUUUCUCAGAGUACAUAAGGAGGUCUCGGAAGACACGUUCAUGCGCCUUCUCGAAUUCCUCCAUACUGGCUCUUAUCCUCCUGAUCCGCAUGUCUUUGCUGGCGCUGCAGUCGAUCGAGAUGUCCGACACAAAGCCCCUCCUAUCAUCAAGCCCCAGAACAUAUCUGUUGAAGCAGUUGUGGUCUUAGCCGACAUACGAUUUGCCAAGCUCGGCUUAUAUAUGGGCUUCGAAGACUGCAAGGCCUACGCCUUGGAUCGCAUGAACACAUACGGUGUCCUAUACGAGGACCCUGUAGCUGUUCUCAAAGAGAUUUACCGAGGCUGCGAAUUAGACCCUGAUCUCAAAGUCUGGGCACGCAUGUUUCUUACACGUUGCCCUGCUGCAUCGAGCCCUGGUUAUUACCACGGCGACUCGCUGGGUCACAGUACCGUAGAGCCACCCAACCUGUUGAAACUUGAAAGUCAGCAAGGUCCUUACCGGUCACGCUUUCUCAAUGCCAUUGAAGUUAGUGGAGCACUGGAGAACGAUGUUAAUAAAGCUCGUGCCGAGCUCAAAACCGCAGGCUGGUAU